GCGCCCCUGCGCGCGACAGCUCGGUACCCCGAGCUGGCCGCGGCGCUGAGGGUCGUCGAGGCCUACGCCCAGGCUGCAGCGGCCAGGGCGAAGGCGAAAGAGCCUACGUUGGACGACGCGCUCCGCAAGGCCGCUGGCGAGUGCAAGGACCUUCGCAGGCGGCACCAGCCCGCGGUGGAUCAGGUCCUGCGCUGCCGCUCAGGCCUGUGCACGGUUCAGGCACGUGAGCGGGAGCUCGCCCUGCUGCUGGCCGAGGCCGAGACCGUCAAGCAGAAGGAGUCGGCCGAGCUCUUCCAGCUGCGCUGGGGCGACUCCAUCUUCUCUGCCGACGUGCUGGAGGAGCUCGACGAGCAGGAGCGCGGCAGCUUGGCCAGCCUCCGCAAGGAGCUUCUUGCGGCGCAGGAUCUCCAGUCCCGCUCGGGGGAGGUUCGCGAGAAGCUGGCCGCCGCGCAGCGCCUCGCCGCCACCAGCCGCCAGCGUUUGGCCGAGGAGCGCAAGGGCGGCAACGGCGACGCUCAGGACCCCGCGCAGUCGGCAGCAGCACCAGCCGCAGCAGCAGCAGCAGCAGCAGCCCCUGACGACGGUGUCGCCGCGAAGAAUGCUGGAGGUGCUCCGGGGCCCCCUGCCGAGAAGACAGGAGACCCCGCGCCGGCCGCGGCGGCCGCCAAGUUGAGCCAGGCCAAGCUCAAGGCUGCCGAGCAAGCGAAGGUGGCCUCGGCAGCUCGCGGUGCGUCAGGCUCGGCUGGCCCGGGUGCAGCGUCGGAGGCCGCCCAUGCGGUGUCGCCCGACGCCGCCCAU